UGGCAGCUUACAUGCCUGACUCUUUCAUGAAUAGAGGAGGUGACAACGACGCUCUGCUGGUGCUGCUACUGAUUCCGCGCCUGGUGUGGAAGUCGGACGUGCUGAUCUCGCAGGCCAAGGACAAGUUCCCCGCCGUCGAGCUGGUCGACAAGAAGAGUCUCACCAAGGGUCACUCGGUCGAGCAGUUCGCCUCGAGAGCGCGACUCGCCAUGCAUCUGCACAACCUACAGGGCAUCCUUCGCAGUUUCUAUUUUGGCCUGAACACAUGCAGCCCGGAAACUCUGCUGAAAGUGGGUGGGGCUCUGCCAGACAUGAUGCAACAGGAGAAGGUGGUCGACAGCUAUAUCGAGAUGAUGAAGCGGGAUCAGUUGGACGAGAACGUGAACACGGACGCCCUGGAGCGUUGCGUGACCUACUUCAACACGACUCACCCUCUGUUCCUAUUGGCCAGCGGGGAGACACACGUGCAUCAGAGUCAUCUCGUGCAAGACGCCAGGCAAA